GCUGCCCCCCUGUUCCUGUGCCCAGCCCCUCGGAUGUCUCGCGCUGUAUAAUAUACGCUGCCAGGAGUGUGUUUUUUUUCCUCUCUAUGAGGAAAACACGGCGUGUCAGAGCGUCACAUGGCUCAGCGCCGCUGAUCGCUUCCUGCAUCGCGUCUAUUCGGCUUCACUCCUCCUCUCUGCCUCGCUAUCUCUCCAUCUCUCUCUCCAUCUCUUCAUCUCUCUCUCUCUAUCCGCCGCUCUCCAUGCCAUAGACCCGCGCGCGCUGCACCCACCGCGAUGAUCAGCAAGGUGAAGAACGCCAUGUCCUCGCUGGUGGGCGGAAUUCUUCCGCACGGCCACCAUCACCAUCACCACCACCAGCAGCAGCAGCAGCAGCAGCCGGGCGCUCAGGGCUGCGGGACGGACGCGCUGCCGCCGCGCUUCCCCUACAGCCGGCCGGACUUCCUGGAGCUCACGCCGGAGCUGCUGCAGUACUCGAGCGACCACGGCUCCCGGCCCGUGAUCACACCGAGGCGAGACAGCGCGCUGCCGUGGCGAACCGGAUACGCAGAGGUGAUAAAUGCAGGGAAGAGUAUGCUGAAUGAGGAUCAGGCCUCGUGUGAGGUGCUGUAUACGAAGAAGCUCAGUGGUAAACAGCAGCGAGCCUCCAUGCUGUUAGAGGACACUGGGGACACCACAGGUAUCCCCAUGCACGUCUGGGGUGUAUUUGACGGUCAUGCUGGCUCUGGAGCUGCCCUGAUGGCCUCCAAGCUUCUCCAUCGCCUCAUCCGUGACAGACUGUGUGAAGUUGCUCAUCUUCUGGAGAACCAGAGCAGCCCACCGCCCAUCUGCCUGGCCAAGAACGGUAGCCCCUACCAGGCUGACCAUAAGAAGGGUGCCUGCUUGGAUGCAGAAGACCAGGAUGCGCCUGUGGAUCGGUUCCACAUGGAGAAGGUGGUCAGUUUGGAGAGCCUGGUGAUGGGCAUCAUAGAGAAUGCCUUUAAACAGAUGGAUGACCUCAUCGAGAAAGAGAAAGCAUCUUACAGUAUUUCUGGUGGAUGUUGUGCCUUGACUGCUGUGCACUUAAUGGGGAAGCUCUAUGUAGCAAACGCAGGAGACAGCAGAGCCAUAAUUGUCCGUAAUGAUGAGGUCAUUCCCAUGUCCAAUGAGUUCACGCCAGAGAGCGAGAGGCAACGGCUGCAGUAUCUGGGUUUUCUUCAGCCAGAACUGCUUGGAAACGAAUUCACACACAUUGAAUUUCCACGACGCAUCCAACACAAAGAGCUGGGCAAGAAGAUGCUCUUCAGAGACCACACCAUGACCGGGUGGGCGUAUAAGACAAUUGUGGAAGAUGAUCUGAAGUUCCCCCUCAUUUAUGGAGAAGGGAAAAAGGCCCGAGUCAUGGCCACUAUUGGAGUAACACGUGGCUUAGGUGAUCACGACCUGAAAGUGUACAACUCCAACAUUUACAUCAAGCCUUUCCUGUCCUGCUGUCCAGAGGUGAAAGUAUAUAACACAUCAGAGCACAAGCAUGGUCCUGAUGAUGUCCUCAUCAUGGGCACGGAUGGACUGUGGGAUGUGACCUCUGACAGGGAUGUAGCAGAUGCAGUGACAAACUUCCUGUCCUGCUGUGAGCCAAAUGACCCAAUGAGGUAUACUUUGGCAGCUCAGGACCUCCUGAUGAGAUCCCGUGGUGUUCUGAAAGAGCGGGGCUGGCGGCUGCCUAAUGACAGACUAGGCUCUGGAGAUGACAUCACAGUGUUUGUAAUCCCAUUGGCCGGAGCGGAGUCAGAGACAUGACGAGUUAUGUCUGAUCUUCACUGGCGAGCAAAUCAGGACACGUCCCUACGUCCCGCCUGCUGAGGAAAGCGGUGCAAAACCAAAAAAAAUCCAUUUUCAUUUGAGCUGAAGCAAGUGGGUGGGAAAGAUAUAAACAUCGCUCCUCUUUCUCCUCCUUUUCAGAGGCAUAAUUCCUCAUCCUGACUCUUACCUCAUAUCAAACAUGGGAUUACAUUAUCAUAAAGUGCCACUCUUCUAACCCCACAUUUCCUAUAGACUUGCUGUGAAAGACUGCUUAUUUUUCAGACAUCCGACAGAUGUUUCAGACCCCGGAACGAACAGAGCUGCUGUAAAUAUACACUCUGGACAUCCAUAUGGAGUGAAGAGGAGACCAGAGACAAGGAUGAAAAUUCUGGAACAUGAGUGUCAAGUAUAAAACUUGAUCAGAAAAUGACAGAAGAAUGAGCCGCAGUUGAUAUAAGGCAGACACCUGGAUGUUGAAGGAUGUACAAAUGUAAGCACUUUAUCUUUAGCAGAAACCCAUCAAUCUGUAAUUAAACCUUUGCUAAUUAUAAUCAUCUCCCGAAUGUCUCCAAAGAAUGUACCUGUUUGAACACAUGUAUUUGUACUUUUGUUUUGUUUUUUUUUUCCAAUAAGAAAGAAGGGAAGCACAGUUUGUACAUUACUCCUGCUGUAAAGGGUCAGUGGAUGAAAUGGACCUUCUCCAGAAAGGCAAUGAUAGCAUGGUUUACAUUGUGGUUCAGGCAGUCGUGGAGAAUUGCAUUUCGGUACUGUACUGUACUAUCUGCUGUAACUCAGCUCUGUAACUGAGCUGCUGGAAAUCAGAGACAGCCAUGUGAAUACUUUUGCACAUUUGACUAAAGCUGUGUUCCCUACCUCUUCACAAAGCCAUGCCGAAUGUCCAACUUCAAAGUUUCUACAUAGAUGAACCUUUGGUAAGACAGCUAAACCUUUGGUAGACCCCAAAUGUAUUCGUGCGCUCUGCUUUGCACCCAACUUGGAGCUUAUGGGCCAGUUUCUACAAGCCAGGAUUAGAGGCCCAGUCCUGAGGUUAGCAUUAGAUUAAGUGAUGAAUCUCCUUUCAGGAAACUUUUAGUCCAAGAUCAGUCUUGGUGCACAACCAUGAAAUUGACUCUCAGUGUUAAAUUGAACACUUUUACUGUAACCUACAUUCAACCGUAUCUGAGCUACCCCAUUUUUGUGAAGUUAUGUUGAAAAAGGAUUCUCAGAGGCAGCUCCUUUCCAUUCAGUUAUAUUUUAGUGGUGAUAUUUUUUAAUCCUUAUGCUUACAUGAUCUCAAACAGUGGACACCAUUUUGUGUCUAAAUGAAAAUAUUUGGGAUCCACUGAAGACCGGUACUCUUCUGUUACUGUUUUGUUUUUCAUUUGUUUCCUUAUUGUUUUUUUUUUUUUUGUUUGUUUUUUUGUGUUGUCGCCAUGCCGGAAAUACAUAUAUAUGUUUGAUAAUUUGUCAAACUGUAAAACCUAGGCAACUGUGAUUAAUUCACAAUAAAUUUCCCCACUUAAAAAAAUGAUUUCA